AUGGGCUUCGACUCGGUGGGCUCGCUGCUGGCCGACAUUGCCAACCUCGUCGUCGACGGCCUGCGCAUCCUCGGCCUCGCCGACAAGCGCCACUGGGGCGCCGACGAGUACGAGCUGCAGCGGGCCAUGGAGCGCGUGCUCAACGACGCCAAGACGGAUUUCCAGGAGCUCUCGCCCAUGCUCAAGAGCCAAUCCCACUACGAGCACGACCGAACGUUCGCGUCGCUCGAAGAACUCCGCAAACUGAGCGGUAAAUUCUACAUGCACAUACAAAACAUACGGGAAUGGAGCCGAUCGGGUGGCCCCGUCGACGCCGUGUGGGUGCGCGACACCAAGUCGCUCCAGCGCCAGCUGCACCGCGCCCAGUGCCGCGCCGCCCAGCGCGUCUUCAGCAGCGCCAAGGAGACGUCCCAGCGCUGCCUCGGCGCCUUCAUCAUCCAUCGCAAGCAGCGCGCCUGGGUCGCGGCCCGGCGCGCCGGCGCGAGCGACUACGACUGCCAGCGGCGGCAGAGGGACGAGGUCGACGAGUGCUACACGAUUGGCGGCUACGAGCGCUUCGGCGACCUCGACGUGGCCUUUGUCUGCGAUUUCUGUGACGGCCACAUAUUAUGGGACGAUGUCGAGACGGUGCCGACGACACGAACGGGCGUGGACUCGCUGCCCGAGGUGGCGUCCGCCGCGCCGGGGGUCGGCUCGCUGCUGCCAACGUCGACGCCGCUGCAGGACAAGCACGGCGCGGCGCUGGGCGAGUGGCAGGCUACGGGCACGACACGGUCGGGCCAGCAGUCGAAACAAGUGAUAUACCCGCCGAUUGCGAUUGCCAGCCACAUUGCACCGGUCCGGGGCGACUGGCUGGCACGUCUCAUGUGUCCUCUGUGCGAGGAUGCCACGGAGCCCCAGGACAUUGACGACGAAGAGGAGAUAUGGCAGCCGGAGAACCUCUUUGAAGAUUUGGCGGCGCUGCAGGAACACUUGGAGUGGGAACAUGCGCCGUCGGCACUGCCCACGACGCUGCCGGUGUCGCUGCCCUCGACGGACAAGUGCAUCGUCAUGUAA